AUGGGAGAGGUAGAUGGUGAGACCCAGCUGCAAGAGUUGCUUAGAAGACCGCCUGCAGAUGUGGCAACUUGGGUUGUGCAGCAGGCUCAAGCCCUCUCUUCUGGCGAACCCGUUGAACAGUUGCAAAUCUUUCAGGUUGCAGGGGCUUUGAGUGCAGUCCCCGUGGAGCAAAAGCAGGAAUUGAUGAAGAGUGCCAUCUCUGGCUUUGGUCAGCUGCCAGCCGACCAGCGAGUAGAGGCCCUCCGUUUCGCCGUGAACACCGCAGUGGCUGGCAGCUCGAACGCCUCCAAUGCGACUGGACGUGCGGAUCCUGUGAUGCAGAACGUGGGCAAGCUCCUCAAGGAAGCCAAAAUAGACAAAUUGCCUCCAGCGGAGAAGCAACAGCUUGCCCAGGAGAUUCAGCAAGAUGCUGCACAGCUGGUGCAGCCUCAGCAGAUUUUGGAGGUGGUUGCAGAGCUGAAGCCUGAAGAAAGGGAGCACGUCACGGAGGCACUCAUUGAAGCCAAGCUCGUUAACGAGGAGCAGAAAGCAGUGCUUGAACAAGCUAUGCGUCCUGGUGGGUAUGCUGACAAGCUUGCAGCAGCUCUGAAAUUGUGGGCCAUGGUAGAGGAAUACAGUGCGGUCCUUCUUGCUCUGCCGUUUUUGGAGUUGCUGAUGGCUUUGAUGUUUGGUGGACAGUCCUGUCCAUCUGGCCUCUCAGCAUGGCUACGAGCAGACGCCAUAUCUGCCGUGGUCAUGGUAGGUGGAGUUUGGUUGUGUAGCUCUCAACUAGAGCCAGUCCUUCAACAUGUACGACAAGAUCCGGUUGGCGUUGGUCAGCAAUGGCAGCAGAACCAGAACCUGCCCUUGCAGCAACGCUUGGAAAUGCUGGUGCCAGGUGUUGGCAUCUUUGCUUAUCAGCUGAGUGCAAUUGGUGCAGUCAUUGCAGUAGUCUUCCUGGCGUUUGGUCUUGCCAAUACUCUCGUCGGCCUUAUGGAACUUCUGGGAACAGUGAUCGUGGGCUGCAGCAUUUCUGUGGCCAUUAUCAGCAUGUGCUUCUUAGCUGUCAGGUGUGCAACUGUGGUGGGCAUACUCGCAGCUGCGAAGAUUGUGCUUACAGAGAUCCAGGUGAUGAGUUUGGACGGCUACACUUCUGAGGAUCCCCUCCUGCGUGGAGAUGUCUUUGAAAGGAACCCGAUGCAACCAUGA